GUUAUAAAUACGGUAUUUUUUCUGGUUUCACUUGCUAACUUGAUAUUUUGGAAAUUGAACUUGGAGAACCUGGAGAACAUGCUGCUGUCGAGGUGUACAAGUUCACAUAAAUAUCUACGGAUAUGUUUAUCUAAUUCACGGUUCUUUGGAAAUGGGACUAAGGCUUUAUUGCAGAAAAGCCCUACAUUACCUCGGGCAGGAUUCUUCCCUUUAUCAGAAGGAGUGAUGCUUCCACCUGGGACUUUUAAAAACAAAGUGGCCUUCAUCACAGGAGGAGGUACAGGACUGGGUAAAGGCAUGACCACUGCUCUGUCCUCUCUGGGGGCCCAGUGUGUCAUAGCCAGCAGAAAACUGGAUGUUCUGCAACAGACUGCUGAGGAAAUCUCACUUCAGACUGGUAAUAAGGUUCAUGCUGUGCAGUGUGAUGUGAGGGACCCUGCUUCUAUAAAGGCUGCUGUAGACAAGCUAAUCACAGAUGUUGGGCUUCCUGAUGUGGUGAUUAACAAUGCUGCAGGAAAUUUCAUUUCUCCUUCUGAAAAGCUCUCAGCUAACGCAUGGAGAACCAUAACAGACAUAGUUUUGAAUGGCACAGCCUAUGUUACGCUGGACAUUGGCAAACGUCUAAUCAAAGCUGAGAAAGGUGCUGCAUUUCUUGCCAUCACCACCAUCUAUGCUGAAAGUGGAUCUGGAUUUGUUGUGCCCAGUGCAUCUGCUAAAGCAGGAGUGGAGGCUCUGUGCAAAUCUCUUGCAGCAGAAUGGGGAAGAUAUGGCAUGAGGUUUAAUGUUAUUCAGCCAGGGCCUAUCAAAACCAAGGGUGCUUUCAGCCGUCUAGACCCCACAGGCACGUUCGAGAAGUCCAUGAUUGAGAGGAUACCAGUGGGUCGGCUUGGUACUCCGGGGGAGAUUGCCAAUCUGGCUGCCUACCUCUGCAGCGACUAUGCCAGCUGGGUGUCUGGAGCGAUAAUCAGAAUGGAUGGUGGUGAAUAUGUGUUCAUGGCUGGAGAAUUCAAUUCACUGAGUAAUGUCACACAAGAGCAGUGGACUAUGAUGGAGGCUAUGAUCAGGAGCACAAAGGGCUCGUGAUAACUGGCUGUUGGAAGAUGAGCCACUGCACAGUUAAUACUGGGAUUCAUAUAAUCUGUCAAGACCAGGAAAACCUUAGAAUCCUCAGAUGAUGCUAAAGCUAGAAUAUGAUCAAUCGUCAACAAACACACUGCUGUUUAUGAACACAUACAGUAUCACAGAAAUGAAGAAAUGAAAUGCGUAUGCUGUAAAGAUACUUUCUUAAAAGGUAGUCAUGAGAAAAAUACAUCUAGAGUGUUUUCUGUAGAGCCAUUUCACUAGUGUGAUUUCAUCAUAGGUUAAUGUAAUAUUCAUUCAUUCAUUCAUUCAUAUAUUUAAUCUCUAUGUUAUUGUGUUUUAUGAUGGUUAAAACAUAUGUCUUCUUGAAGAUCUACAUGUUUAUAUACAUUUCUGAAUUCCAGAUUGGUCAGGAUUUAUCUGAAAUAUUAAUGUAGUUAUAUUUUUAUGAACUUUUACAAAAAAAAUGAAAAUACAAUUGUCCUAAUUCUUUAUUAUCACGUGAAAUUUUUGAUUCAUGCAAUAGAUUACAACAAUUUGUGAAUAGAUUAGAUUAGAUUCUGUAUUCUUGAGCAAAGUACAUCUACAAAGCCUAGGAAAUGCAUCUAACCAAAUGUUACACACAUGGCAUCAUUACAAUUAAUUACAAAUAAGGAUAUACAUCUAUUAUGAAUUAGUACUAGUAUAUGGUACUGAAAAAUACAUGUACUGAUGUGCGUGUAGCUUGUCGUAAAAUAGAAAAAAGCUGGGAAAGUAAUGUUUCUAAAAGGAAUUGCUAUACAUCCUUUUUGUGUCAUUUAUGGGUACAUUUAUUUUUAUUUUAUAAAUUCAGAGAGAAGCCA